AUGAACCCAUUGUUAAUCUUAAUCAAUCUUAUUGCGACGGCAGCAAUUGAUUUUAGCAUAUCACCAGAUAAAGACAAACAAAAUAUUAACAUAAUCAGAUUUAUGAUUCAUGGUGGAGUUGAUUCAAAUCACAAAUCGACUUUGGAAGUUGUAUCUAUGUGUUGUAAUUCACUGGCGAAUACCACAUCAAUCAAAAUAAUCAAUUUUCACAACCUGGAGACAAAUACUGAAUACAUGCGUUUUAUUCCCAGAAACUAUUUUAUGAAUAGUUAUUUUUAUUGGAUUGAACUUAAUGAUGGUCUGAAAUCCAAUACAAUUGAAUAUUCAACUAAUAGAGCUCAGUGUAAGUGA